AUGGGAGGAGUUGCUUACGAAAUUGACUACCUCCUGCCUUGCAUGCUGGACCCUGAAGACGAGGACCCGCAGGAUGCCUUGAAGCUCAUUCUACCAAGUCGGGAGGAAGAUGAAUGCCUUGUCAUGUUUGUGCCGAUGAAAGAACAGGAACUUCUCGCUCAAGCCAUGGAUCUUACACCUUGGGCAUCUCUCUCUUGGAGUAUUCACAGAGGUAUGCAGGAUAUUCUUCUUGCAUUCUCUAAGCCAAGGAUGGACCGCCAUCGUGCUGAGCUGGCCGUCUUCCUUCAGCAGGCUGUCCAUGAGAAUAAAGAGAAAUUUGAGGCCAGAGGUUGGAACCGAGACUUCGUCCAUCACAAGAUGGCUGACGUAGCCCAGAAUGCUGUUGUUUCUGGGAGAGGAAAAUCCGCUGAUCUGGUGAGGGUGGUCACUGAAAUUGUGCAGGUGCAGUAUGGACUUACGGCGGAGGAGAUGGACGAGACAACUUUCUGGAGGAAAAAUGAAAGCGAGCUGGACCAACAAGCUAUCGUUGGCCUUACCAAAUGUUUCAUCUUAGAAUGGAGCACCGACAUUGACUAUCAACUCUAUCACAAGCUUCCAUUGAAGAUGCGUUUUGGCUAA